AUGUCCUCUGAGCCCGAGGGCCAGUCUUUCCCAUCCACAAGCAACAGUAGCUCACCAGUACAUUCUCCAGGACAACUACACUCCUUUGACCAUCUAGGGACACCCUGCUUUCAGAUGCCAGAAUCACAGUGUAAACAAAGCAACAUUGGGGAGGGAUUUGCACCGUACUCCGAAAGCGUCCCCUACAGGCAGAAGAGUGCUAUUGCGGAGCGCUUUCGUAGACACAGUGUAAACGGGAGUCCUGUUGGACAGGAACCUGGCCUGGUAGAGAACAGGCACUUUCAUCCAUACAGCCGCCAGUGCAGUGAAAGGGCCGUCCCAGAAGUUCAUGCCUUUAGUUUUCUCAGGGGGGCUGGAUUGUCUGGAAAACUGACCACAGGUGAUGGAUCAGAGGAACAAUCCUCUUGGACUUCAUUAAGUAACAGUGUGGAGACCACCAGUUUCAUGGGAACUCAACAGCCCUACAAUGAGCCACAGAUGAGCUCUGAGGAACCUCCCAGUUACACAUCGGUUACCCAUCAGACAUACAGCCCCAUCAGCCCUCUACAACAUCAGUUUUCUGGUGUGUGCUCUUCAAGAGGAAUAUACAGCAUCUCUAAUUACCUUGACCACAACCUCUCUUCACAAACAUCUCAGGACAGUGCACAGCCACUCUACCCUAAACCUGUCUACUCUUAUAGUAUUCUCAUUUUCCUGGCACUGAGGAACAGCAAGACAGGCAGUCUGCCAGUAAGUGAGAUCUACAGCUUCGUGACAAAACAUUUCCCCUAUUUUAAGACAGCACCCGAUGGCUGGAAGAACUCUGUUCGACACAACCUCUCACUGAACAAAUGCUUUGAGAAAGUGGAGAAUAAGAAAGGGAACUCCUUUCGAAAGGGCUGUCUGUGGGGCCUGAACCCAGCAAAGGUAGAGAAGAUGCAGGAGGAUCUAUACAAGUGGAGACUUAAAGACCCUCUUACUGUACAAAGGAGCAUGGCACGACCAGAGGAGUUGGAACGUCUGCUUGGGGAGAUACCCGAGAAGCAGAAGACUCUUGGUGCUUACUUCAGUUUAUCAAGCAGUCACAUACACUCGCAGCCAGAAAGAGUUGGCAUGCAUACAUCCUAUAGGCAGCCAUCUGUCCAUGAGACCAUUGUCCUGCAUCAGAAGCCUCUCUACAGCCACUUACACUCUCAAACUGUCCCACCACCUCCCCCAUACAUAUCCCCAGACUCUUUAGGUUCCUCAUACUACUCUCCUGUCACCCAGCUGCCCAGCAUUGGGCAUCCCUCCAGAACUGGCAACCUGGACUCUAAUUUACCAGCACACACCUCACCAAACUACAGCACUGCCCUGCAGGGCAGUCACAGUGCUGCAGGGGGCAUUCAUGAACUUCUACUGGAGGGAGAAUUCAAUGAUGUUGAUGCAUUAAAUCCCAGCCUCACAGACCUACAAUUACAUGGAUAUCUUUGGGAAGAGCUAAGGAAUGACAGCCUUGCUCCAGAUUCACUGGUAGUCAUGGACACAUACCCCUCCCUCAGUCCAACUCCAGACAACAGCGUGGGGAUCUAUGGCCAGUCUGCUGUGGAGGUGGGGACAGUGGGGACUGAAGGUGGGGUUCAGGGCAGUGUUUCUAAGCUAUACCUCAAUGGGCUCCACACAACUGCUUUCGCAGUCACAGACGGCAUGCCAGGCCUCCACUCUUACUCAGGAAACACUCCCAUCCCUCUGCUAUGA